AUGAGAUUUGUACCAAGCCGCAUCGCGGCGCGAGAACUGGGACUUCACCCCAACACCCUGAGGGCUUAUGCGGACGAAGGCAGAAUCCAAGCGAUCAAAACGGCAUCGGGCCAGCGGCGCUACGACGUCGACUCGUACGUACGAGAAUCCGCCGGUGCAGUUAUCGUCUGCUACUGUCGAGUCUCAUCCCAUGCCCAACGGGACGACCUGGCCCGGCAGGUCGCGGUCAUGCGAGAACUCCACCCUGACGCCGAGGUCAUCCAAGACAUCGGCGGCGGACUCAACUUCCGUCGAAAGGGACUUGUCGCCUUACUGGAACGACUACACGGAGGAGCUAAGCUCCGUCUUGUGGUUGCCCACAAAGACCGCCUUGCACGAUUUGGAUUCGACCUUAUCCGGUGGCAGAGAAUUGCCCACCACAUGGAUGCCGCCCGAGGCAGCAACGAUUGGCGUUCCCGCUUCGGGUCAGCGGAAAGGCUUCACCAGCACUUCUAUCAUGGAGACCUGACAACCGACCUUCUGCGAAGCCACAGACGGAUUACCGAGUACGGCACCCUGGAACUACUGAGGACACUGUGA